AUGAAUACCUACGGAGUACACAGUUGUGGUUUUGGCUCCCUCCCGUCUGCACCUUCCCUCGGUGACCUCCAGAGGCUCAGACACCAUCAAGGCCCGUUCGUUCUGACGCACCCAAACAUUCGUCGCUUGUCUUGGGAUGCGUUCAUCUCUUUGACUUCAAACGGUCUGUCGCAUUUCCUCCUUCUUCCUCUCUACCGCUACCGACCUGUCCUGAUUCACGCGGCUCACUACCCGGAAACACCGUGGUCCACCAGCCCUGCCGUCCGCCGGCAGCGUCGCAGCCAGCAAAUGAAACCCCCGGCAGACACCCAAAGUGCGCUGGUACGGUAG